AUGGCUGGCAGGUCUGUGCCCCCCGGACGCCAGGAGGAGGACACUACCAAAGACCCCGGGCUCAAACGAUCGCCGGUGAGGCCUCCAGGCCACCUGCCCAGUAUUGAUGAGGCCCGACUAGCAGGUCUGGGCCCGUCCUCCCGCCGUGGCUCUGUGCUGGGCCCAGCCUCGUCCUUCUCACGUCGCAACUCGCUGGCAGGACCAGGAGCAGGUCCGGGGGGUCGGCGACCAUCUCUGGGCCCAGUGCCUCCUCUGGGCUCAAGGGUUAGCUUCUCGGGGUUGCCCCUGGCCCCCCUGCGUCGGGUAGCGCCCUCCUACCGCACAGAGCCUGCGCCAGGGGAGCGCUGGGAGGCCGCGCGAGUACAACACUCCCUGGAGGCGGCGCUGGCCGCGCGGCUGUGCCACACAUGCUACUCGGGCGCUGAGGCUGGGCCGCUGGCUCGCGAGCUGUGCGAGCUGCUGCGUGUGCGCCUGCGCGAGCUCUGUCCCCCGCGCUACAAGCUCGUGUGCAACGUGGUGCUCGGGCCGCGCGCCGGCCAGGGCGUGCACGUGGUCAGCCGCGCACUCUGGGACACCGAGCGCGACGGGCUGGCCUCUGCCGCCUUCACCAACGCCUCCCUCUUUGCCGUGGCUAUGGUUCACGGGCUCUACUGCGAGUGA